CUACCAUCUCUUUUCCCCAACAUCAAGAUCCACAAAUGAAUCAAAUCCAUCCCUUUAACCUUACAUCAACGUUGUUUCCAGUGGUAUACUUGGUUCUCUUCAGUUUCUUUUUCCAGCCAAGAAAAGGUUUAGCUGUGGACGAGAACUUCACAAUCUGUAGCGUGCAAAGAUAUUGUGGCAGACAAUUGAUAAAGUUCCCAUUUUUCACCCAGGAGCUGGAUGAACCUAGAUGUGGCUAUCCGAGAUUCAACAUCUCCUGCAGAAACAACAUGACCGCAGUUCUUAAGUUGCCUGAUGGCGAUUAUAUUAUCCAAGAUAUCUUUUAUCAGAACCAAUCUUUUCUGGUUUCGAGAGCUGAUGGAGAUGCCGUGUGCGGCCACUCGAUCCGGAAUAUAACGCUUCCGGAUUAUCGGCUUUAUCUGCCUGAGAACCAGAGAGCUAUGGUUUUGCUGUUUAAUUGCAGUUUAAGCUCGGGGGUGAUGGCGGAGUUUUCACGGUACAGGGUUGAUUGUGGUUCUGGGAAUGAGAGUAAUACGACGUUGGGGCUGUUGAAUGGCGAUCCUAAGGUGAGUUUACUUUCCGGGAACUGUAGCAGAAGUGUGUUGGCGCCCGUGGCUUUUACAGACGGAGAUGGAGAUGUGGAAGAUGCGGUUCGGAGAGGGUUUGUCUUGAAUUGGAUAGCGAGUAAUUGUGGCGUUUGCGAGACGAGUGGUGGCAAAUGCGGAUUCGAUUACGGGUCCUACCACUUCAAGUGCUUUUGCCCCGAUAGGCCUCACGCCGCGCGCUGUCAUCCUGAGAAGAAGGAAUUGUGGUUGAAACUGGGACUUGGAAUUGGAAUCCCCAUUCUGGUAGUACUGCUCCUAUCCAUCUAUGUCAUCUGGGCUCGAUACAAACGGAAGGAUGCUUCAUCAAUCUCUUUAGGAGGAAAAGCUUCACCCGAUCCCUCUUCGAGAUCGGACCUUGAAUGCAGUAGUAUCGUCUGCUUCAAGCUCCCCAUCUUCUCUUACAGUGAACUCGUCGAAGCAACGAAUAAUUUCGACGACGAUAAAGAACUCGGAGAUGGAGGUUUCGGGACCGUAUACUAUGGGAAAUUACGUGAUGGUCGAGAAGUGGCGAUCAAGCGACUAUACCAGCACAACUAUAGAAGGCUAGAACAGUUCAUGAACGAAGUCGAAAUCUUAACCCGGUUGCGUCACAAGAAUCUGGUGUCUCUCUAUGGCUGCACUUCACGCCGCAGCCAGGAACUUCUCCUUGUUUAUGAAUUCAUUCCUAAUGGUACUGUUGCGGAUCAUCUGCACGGAGAUCUUGUACAGUCCGGUUUGCUCACAUGGCCGAUUCGUAUGAACAUCGCUGUUGAAACCGCAAGUGCAUUAGCUUAUCUCCAUGCCUCGGAUAUCAUACAUCGUGAUGUUAAAACCAACAACAUUCUCCUGGACGCUAAAUUUUCUGUCAAAGUAGCAGAUUUUGGGAUUUCUCGGCUUUUCCCCAAUGAUGUCACACAUAUCUCAACUGCACCGCAGGGGACCCCUGGCUACGUCGACCCCGAAUAUCACCAAUGUUACCAGCUCACAGGAAAGAGUGAUGUCUAUAGCUUUGGAGUUGUUCUCAUCGAACUCAUAUCAUCGAUGCCCGCGGUUGAUAUCAGUAGACAUAGGCAUGAGAUUAAUUUGGCUAAUUUAGCCAUAAAUAAGAUUCAAAAGUGUGCAUUUGAUGAGUUGAUUGAUCCUAACCUCGGGUAUAACUCGGAUGCCGAAGUUACAAGGAUGACGACUGCGGUUGCGGAGUUGGCUUUUCGAUGUUUGCAACAAGAGAAAGAAAUGCGCCCUUCAAUGGAAGAGGUUUUGGAGGUACUGCAGACAAUACAAAGUGAUGGUCACAGGUUGAGUUGCGUGCAAGAGGAAGAACAUAUUGAUAAUGAGAUCCCGGGGAGCAUACCGCCACUUCCUUCGCCACCAAACGGCGAUAAAAUCGCAUUGUUGAAGAAUAUCCGACUGCCACCGUCACCGGUUUCGGUGACAGAUAAAUGGAUUAGCAGGGAUACUACACCUAAUGCUACUGGAUAGGUUUUUCUUUACCAUUGCCAACAGCAAAUAGAGGGUAAAAAAUUUCAUUGUUCUCCUCAUUUGCUCAUUUUCUUGAGGGAAUGUACAUAGUAAAUGGAGCAAUCAUUAUAAUCAUAAUACAUUACAUAAUGUUCAUGUUCUG